AUGAACAAUAAAGGCAUGUUUAAGCAUAGAGACAUCAAUACUUUUUUAGUUAACCAUCCACAUGUAGAAAAACAAAAGAAAAAACCAUUUGAAUAUUUGAAUCUGUCUUAUUCUAAGUAAUUUGAUUAUUCACCAAAAUAACCUUACUCAACUAAAGCUAAUGAAAUCUAAUACAAAAGCCAAUAAGAACCUUCAUUUCUAAGACAAAACACUCUACCUAAUUAUGAACCAACAAAAUGUUCUAGCUUAAAAAAUGGUAUCAUUAAAGCUUAUGCUGCAAACACAAAUUAAGGAUUAGUUAGAGAAUACAAUGAAGAUAGAGUCUCAAUCAUAUUAAAUAUCAUAAAACCAUAAAGCAGAGAAAAUGAACCAUGGCCUAAAUGUUCCUAUUUUGGAGUAUAUGAUGGACAUGGUGGUUCAGCAUGUGCAGACUUUUUAAGAGAUAAUUUACAUUAAUUUGUAGUAAAGGAACCAGAAUUUCCAUGGAAUCCUAUUAAUGCUAUAACAAAAGGAUUUGAAGCAGCAGAAAAAUGUUUUUUAUAAAUUGCUUAAGAUUCAUUUAAUAAAGGCAUCCCAGAAAGAAGUGGAUCAUGUGCAAUUGUAGUACUAAUCAUUGGUGAUAAUUGUUAUGUAGCAAAUGUAGGAGAUAGUAGGGCAAUAUUGAGUUCAGAAAAUGGGAAAAAAGUUAUAGAUCUAUCAAAAGAUCAUAAACCAGAAUUAGAGAAAGAGAGAAUUAUAAAAGGAGGAGGUUAAGUAUAUCAAACUCAUGGUGUUAAUGGAGAAGGUUAACCAAUUUUAGGACCUAUUAGAGUCAAUCCAGGAAGAUUAUCAGUUUCAAGAACUUUUGGAGAUAUAGAAGCUAAAUUAGAGAAAUUUGGUGGGAAUCCAAAAAUUGUUAUAGCUGAACCAGAAAUUAAAUAAUUUAAGAUUAUUAAUGAACAUGAUUUUAUUGUUUUAGGAAGUAAUAAAUUUAUAAAAAUAUAAGGUGAUGGUAUAUUUGAUACAAUGAGUUCAAAAGAUGUAAUCAAUGGGAUUUGGAGGGAUGUUUAAUAUAAUCAAAAUAGUAAUGAUUUACAUAAUAUGAUGUCAAAUGCAGUAGAAUCAGUAAUAAAGGAAAGUCUAUUGCGUAAGACUACUGAUAAUGUUACAUUAUUAAUUAUCGCUUUUUCAAUCACUCCUUUAAGAGAGUAAGAAGUGAGAGUGAAGACAAUGUCAUAUAUUGAUAAAAUAGUUAAUUUUCCAUUAAGUAGUAACACAUCUAAUUUAAGAACUAGGUAUAGAUGUAUAUUUAUUUAUAUUAGAAAAUAUAAUGAUGAAAAUAAUCCAUUUUUUAUGAAUGCAUAAAAAUUGAAAUAGAAAUCAAAGUUAAUGCAAAUCAAUUUAGAAGAUAAUCUUCAUUAUCGUUUAAUUGGUUGA